UCGUGUAACAUCGUGACAGCGAGAUUGAUUAAUAAAAUGCUGUAAUAACUUGUUUCACAGCCGGUGUAAAAUAAAUAUGUUUAAAUUUAUCAAAGUACGAUGUACUUGUUACAUGAAGCAAAGCGGAAGUUGAAAUAUCAAAAUAAUAAUGCGAUAACGUUUGUAAAAUCAUAUCUUCAGUUGAUUUUACAUUGAGGAAGUUAAAAAAAAACCGCCACAUUUACAUACUGGGUGAUACAGUAUGAUUUAAUCAGUUGCUUUGUUUUAUCCGUGCACGUACUGGAGAUAGUUAUGAUCAAAUAUAUGGUCGCCCGACCAGUAACAACGCUAAAGUGACCUUGGUAAAGCGCGUGGUAACCCAUGAUGAUCACUGCGGCCCCACCAACCAACCAGACGUCGGACAUAGCGCUCCCUAACAUCAUCCUGACCGGCGGAAGUAGCGCUCUCUCCAUCGUGGGAGCUCUUGUCAUAUUUUGCAGUUACUCAUUUAUACCACCGGAAAAGAAUUUCACCCGUAAGUUGCUGAUGUAUCUGACGGUGGCGGACUUUGUGACGGCGUUUGGGAACAUGGUUGGGAUGGUCCGCUACGUGACGCUCUACGGUACAGGCCCGAGAGUUCAGAACUGCAGUGGCCAUGUUAAGACGGAAGAAGAGUGGCUGUGCAAGACCCAGAGUUUCCUUACGACCGCUUCCAACAUGUCAUCCUUCCUGUGGACGCUCGUGAUCGCCGUGCACCUGUGGGCGUCUGUCGUGCUGCAGUCAGAUAAAACCAAGUCCCGCCUCGCACGCUUCAUUUACCAUGUCUUAUGCUGGGCGGUACCGGUUGCUGUGGUAGCUUCGAUAUUUGGAUCCCUUGGUGAAGACUAUUGUUUCGGUACGGGCGUAUGGUGCGGAAUCCGUAGCGAUUUGCCCCACCACGAGGUCGAAAUGCUCAUGUACAUCGCUGACAUCGCCUGGCAACUCUUCUCCUACAUUGCCUCCUGUUUUCUACUUGUUUUAUCAUAUUUUACUUAAGAAUGAAAAGGCUCAACAUAGGUGAGGUGAGGCCGUUCUUGCGAGGGGAAGAUAGAAACUAUUUGUACAUAUGGUUUGUGUUAUACAGUUUGAAACUCUGGGGUAUUAUCCGCUUCUUUUUGACAACGUACAUGCCCG